AUGGAUAAAUCACGCUUCAUCUUCCGGUCGAUCGUGCAAUCGCAGCCCGCCCGCCAUAUCACGUCUGCAACCUCAUCGAAACCGCCGUGGAUCUGCACUGCCUGCCUCCGCCGCACUGCCAGACCCUCGAUUCUCUUCCGCGCCCAGAGACAACACCGUCGAUGGCAGUCUUCCAACCAACAACCCGCAGACAACCCCGAGUUCCAAUCAAUAGUCGACAACCCGCCCCAACUCGUCCGCGCAAACCGAAAACACAACACACUCGGCCUGCUCAUCCUCGCCGCCAUCCCCGUGACAGCCUUCAUCCUUGGCUGCUGGCAAGUCCAACGCCUAGGAUGGAAAACCGACCUCAUCGCGAAGUUUGAGGAUAGACUGGUGAGGGAGCCUCUACCACUGCCGCCGCAAAUCGACCCGAAUGCGAUUAAAGAGUUCGAUUAUAGACGGGUGUAUGCGAGGGGAAAAUUGAGGCAUGAUCGGGAGAUGUUAAUCGGGCCGCGGUUGCACGAUGGGGAGGAUGGAUAUCUCGUCAUCACGCCGCUCGAUCGCUCGGAGCAGUUUCCUGGCUUCAAAGGGAAUACCACCAUCCUUGUUUGCAGAGGCUGGAUCUCCAAAGAUAAAGCAGCGCAAUCCGCGCGUCUGGAUGGUCUACCCCAGGGCGAGGUGGUUGUUCAAGGGCUGCUCAGGGAGCCUUGGAAGAAGAAUAUGUUCACGCCGGAUAAUGUGCCGCAGGAGGGGAAGUGGUAUUUCCCGGAUGUGUAUCAGAUGGCGGAGCAUGUGGGCAGUCAGCCCGUGUGGAUUGAGGAGACGAUGAGGCCGGACUUGUUGACGAGUUAUGAUCGCAUGGCGAAGGGGGUGCCGAUUGGACGGACGCCGGAGGUGAAUUUGAGGAAUAAUCAUACGCAGUACAUCUUCACGUGGUUCUCGCUAUCGCUGGCUACGACCAUCAUGAUGUGGAUGGUGAUUAAAAAGGCUCCUGGAGGCUCCUCGAGGAGGCUACGGCAGAGCAAGGAGUGGUAG